AUGACGAGCAUUCAUGUAGCGCUGCUGGGCCCGCUCUUCGUAGUCGUCGGCUACGGACUCAUUCUGGGCAUCGCAUUCGUCCACUUUACCAAGUUUUUACCAGCAAACAGCUCGGGGCACUUGAUACUGAGCACCUUCCUGGCCUCGGAGCUGCUGUUACAAUACUCGCUGGCCAUCUGGAUUGACCCUGGCUACCCGCGCAGGGCACAUCACUGUCGCGAGUGUCGACGAUGCGUCUACGAGAUGGAUCACCAUUGCCCGUGGAUUAACAACUGUGUUGGGUACUACAACUACCGUAAGUUGCUGUUCUCGUUCAUGGCUACAAGUGUAGUAGGUGUGGUGAUAUGCUGCUACUGGGGGUGUCACGUCUACUUGGUACUUACGGAGCAGAGCACGAUUGAGUUUUUGCAGCGCGAAGGAGAGAGGAUACGACUCUCCGUUAGUUUUGCGUCUGUACGUCACGCUCUUGGACGACUACUAGGCAGGCAGGACGCGUUGUGGUUUACUGCGCUCGUAUUGCCACCAUUUGAACGUCGAGUGCCACCUAAGUACAUGCAGAAGCCGAAGGGGGCAGCUUCGACGACUGUAUAA